AUGGCCACCAAUAUAGGGAUGAUGGACGCGGCAUACUUUGUGGGAAGGGGGGAGAUCCUGGCGUGGAUCAACUCCACCCUACGGCUCAACCUCUCCAAGGUCGAAGAGGUAUGCGAUUUCCGUUUCGUUUCCUUUAUUUGGGCCUUCACUGAAUCCGUAUCGCCGAUGGUUUUCUUUCUUGCUUUUUAGUGUGGGGAAGGGCGGUGUAUCUUUCAUAAGGAGAUGUGGUGGCUGGGGUUCUGCCGUUAGAUCUGUUGUUGGAAUUGUCCUAUGUUACACUUGUGUCUUUCAGGCGGCGUCGGGAGCUGUGCAAUGCCAGCUGAUGGAUGCAGUCCACCCGGGGAUUGUUCCCAUGCACAAGGUUAAUUUCGACGCCAAGACAGAAUAUGACAUGAUCCAGAACUACAAGGUCCUCCAGGAUGUUUUUAACAAGUUGAAGAUUACCAAGGUCUUGAUCCCCUCUAAAUUUGAGUUACGUAGAAUUUUCUGUGUACGAUUUUUCUGACGUUUCGGCUCUUCUUCUUAUGAACUUUGCUUACGAGGCAUUUUCUCAGAAUUCUUGGUUUAGUUUCCUUUUUUUGUGUGGAGCUGAUGACCAGUUAGGUUAUUUAGCAAAUUGUAUUCUACCAAUAGUAAAGAAGCUAUGUUCCGCAGGCAGAAAGGAACCAUCGAUCAUUGGUCCAUUUUCUUCGCAAAAAAGGGAAACGAUUUUCUUCACUGUCUACUUAAACGCCCACGUUCAUCAUCAAGCUUAAACAUCAGGAAAAAUAAUAAAUCUGGAGAGAAAAACACACUCAUCUUGGUAUCUAAUAUUUCGAUUAUCUGAUUUUUCGUUUGUUUAUUUUUCUCAUCGCUUCUCUUUUGGCAUUAGCACAUUGAAGUAAAUAAGCUCGUGAAAGGGAGGCCGCUGGAUAACCUGGAGUUUAUGCAAUGGAUGAAGAGGUACUGUGACUCCGUCAACGGUGGCAUGCUGAACAAGUGAGCUUUCUUCCUUUUCUCCCUCUGUUUCAUGAUUUAUAUUCAUCCCUUUUCUAUCUUUCCCUUUAUUGCAAACUUUCAACGUAGUGAGACGGGCUUGUGUAGUUACAUCGCUGAUGGGUGGAUAUUAGUUGGUUUCCUAAAAAGUAUCAUAACCCAGAUUUUUCCAGUACAAGUAUGUUCUUAAGACAUUCAUAGGGUGGAUGCUGGAACUGGAAAUUGAACUCGUAAUUGAUUAUUUUUUUUAUAUGAAUUUUAGAUACGCUUCAACACUUUGUACCCUAUGAUUAACCUCUAGUAUGAGUUUGGAAUCAGCUAUAAUCCUGUGGAUAGAAGAGAUGCUUGCAAGGGAGCAAAGGAAACAGGCAAGAGGACAGUUCCUGUACAGACAUCAUCCAAGUCCUCCACUGCCCUGAGGACAUCGAGUUCUUCCCAUACAACCCGGAAGAGUGAUUCCAAUCCUUCACACUCAUCGCAGAAGGUCCAAAAGCCUGCUCCUAGUGGAUGUGCACAGGCUUACGAUGCACAGGUGGUUCACGUAUGUGCUUUGAGCUGAAUAGUUUGGUAAUGUUGCAUAGAGAUCUCUAAAAUCUUCGAAUCAAAUGCAGAUCACCGAGCUCAAGCUUUUUGUGGACAGUCUUGAGAAGGAAAGAGAUUUCUACUUCGGGAAGCUGAGAGACAUUGAAAUCUUCUGCCAGAAUCCUGACAUUGAACAUUCACCUGUAAGAAUGGCUCCUCUCUAUCUCUCUCUCCCUCGCUCUCUCGUGUGUAAUCAGCCUAUUAGAUGAUGUUGAGGAAAUAAUAGAGUUAAAACCAUAGAAAUGUUUAGAUGGUGUUCUCGAAGAUUAUCGGUUUAUCCAUGAUUAUUAUCAGCAGAUGGCAACAUUUUGAUCCCGGAAAACUCGAUUUUCUUCAGAUCGUCAGCGCUAUUCAGAAGAUACUCUAUGCUGCGGAUGAUGACUCGUCGGUGCUGACCGAGGUGCAGGCCAUGGCUUCCCAGCAGGGUAGCGAACAGCCAUCUUUGAGCCCCAUCCUCGAGACCUCAGAAGAGAAACCGAGGGUAGAAACACAGAAGAGGAAGAACAUCUCGACCCUGGAAGUUGACAUGGCCGCCAGCUUCACUCUCUCGCCGAGACAGAGAUUAUCAGACAUUUCUAAUGUUCAUCACCGCGGAGGCCCCACCACUCUGGAUUCUUGA